UGUAAGCGUCUGCACAAUGAACAGCGCGAGAAAUCAGAAUUAAGAUGUUGAUAUCGAUACACCAGAACUCAUGGACGAGAAAAACAUUAGGAGGAUGGCUUGAUGCUCUUUUUUAACAAUUUUCCAAUACCUUGUAGAAUCGAGAGGCAGAGACGUGGUUUGUGAGAUGUGGAUUUAAGGCGUGACACUUGCAGUAAUUCGGUUCAAUUUAAACAUGAAGGAAAAAGAACAGAUCAGGAGACUUCAGCACUUCCUGUCUGAACUUGCAAUACUGGGGUCCUUACAGGGCUUCCAUUAUUUUCAGCCCUGGCUUAGAGGGAGAGAAGAACUUCUGCUGACGGUUGUGAAUGAUGAUUUGAGAUGGCGUUCUCCUGGGUAUGCCGUGUCUGUGGCCUCCAACUUUACCAGCACAACCUGCAGUAGCAGCUACAGUUUGGACAGUGACUACGCCAGCUCCCCUUUGGCUGGAGAAGAGCCAUCUCCACAGGUCAAGAAGCAGACGCCAUCAGCCACCCAGCAGCAAACUCCCAGCAGGGGUGGUGAUUCUCAUCUUCUCCCAGCCUCACCGAGUGAGAGAGAGAUUGCUGUUCCUGAAGUCAACUGCACCAUGUUCUUGUUGGCUGGCUAUGCCAAGUAUGGGCAACCUUAUGCCUGGAUUCGGUCUAAUCAUGAGCGCCUGGUAAACAUCGGAGGAACUGAUACGCUGGUUAAAGAUACACCAAUGAAACUCAAGUCUAUCACAGACUGGGUUUCAACCCCAGAAGGAACACAUGUAUGGGAUAUUGUGAAUGAGUUAGUGGGACUGUGCACCAUGCCACCUCCUGACAACCCAUUCUCUCUAGACAUGAGGUACCUACAAACCCUCUCCCUCCCAGAACGCUUCCUGGUCACUGGGGCCCUUCUGAACUUCCUGGAGAUGAUUGUGGUUGAGGGAAACCGAGAGGACCUAUUCUAUGAUAUGGUGGUGGCAGAGUUGAAGCCAUUGAGACAGCUUCAUUUUAAGAGUCUCUCUGAGGUCCAGAGACUUCAAGACAGUGACAGGACUACAAGUACCUCGACAGAAGAAUCUCCUGACAAUAACUGAAAAGAUAAGGAAUAGCUUCAUGUUCCAACACUCUACUCGUGCUCCAAACAAAACAUCGCCAACUAAAGUUGACACAACACUAUGUAACAACAAUAAUAAUGUUUUAUUCUUUAUUAUCUUUAGUGGUGAUGGUGGCUGUUUUGCAGUCAUUUAACAUUUUUCCUUAGAAGUCACAAUGGUUAUAUUAGUAUAUAUUAGUAUUUUGAGUGUGCUACGUACAAAAUAAACUAAAUGAAAUAUGAAUUUGUCGGAUAGCAUUAUUUAUUUCAACAAUAUUGUUUUUGAAAUAACUGGGAAUAUUUAAAACAUUUGUAACAAAUAUUUUCAUCUCUUUGGUUCACAAUCAAAAAUGUGAAAUACUUUUUUUGCAAUACUAAGGGUGGGUCAUGGUUAAAAACACAGAUAAGGGGGCAAAUUGUUUGUACUCACGCUACGCAGGUCCUUGUCAAGGCUCUUGUCCUACCCAGAUUGGACUAUUGCAAUGCACUACUGGCUGGACCACCAGGUUGCACAAACAAACCUCUACAGAUGAUCCAGAAUGAAGCAGCAAGAGUGGUCUUCAAUGAACCGAAGAGUGCACUUGUCACACCUCUCUUUGUGAAAUUACAUUGGCUCCCUAUAGUCGCUCGCAUCAAAUUCAAAGCUCUGCUCUUGGCCUACAAGACCUUGACUGGUUCGGAACCCCCAUAUCUUCACUCAAAAAACGUUGUUUAAGCUUUGUAUAUUAUGGUGAGCUAUACGAGACCAGUUUUACUCCACUUAUGCUUUUUGUUGUCCUUAUGUUGCUCCAAUUGCUCCUAUAGUUUACCUUAUUUGUAAGGCGCUUUGAAUAAAAGCGUCCGCUCAAUGACUAAAUGUGAAUGUAAUUUUUGAUUACUGUACAGUAAUCGGGGACAAAAAU